GGGGCCUCGAGGGAGGGGAGGGGCCUCGGCUGCCCAGACCUGAGCUGGUCCCGCGCGACUGACAGCGCGGCGCCAUGGCGGGCGCCCGGCACGCCAAGGCCGACACGCUGGCUCUGCGGCUGCGGCUCCUCAGCUCUUCCUGCAGACUCUUUUUCCCCGAGGCUCCCGUUAAGAUCGUGCGGGGCCAAGGCCAGUACCUGUACGAUGAGCAAGGGGCCGAAUACAUCGACUGCAUCAACAACGUGGCUCAUGUUGGGCACUGCCACCCUCUGGUGGUGCAAGCUGCACACGAACAGAACCAGGUGCUGAACACCAACAGCCGAUACCUGCACGAUAACAUCGUGGAUUACGCGCAGAGGCUGUCGAAAACCCUGCCGGAGAAGCUCUGUGUGUUUUACUUCCUGAAUUCUGGGUCAGAAGCCAAUGACCUGGCCCUGCGGCUGGCACGCCAGUACACGGGACACCAGGACGUGGUGGUGCUGGAGCAUGCUUAUCAUGGUCACCUGAGCUCCCUGAUCGACAUCAGUCCCUACAAGUUCCAGCACCUGGACGGCCAGAAGGAGUGGGUCCAUGUGGCACCCCUCCCAGACACCUACCGGGGCCCCUACCGGGAAGACCACCCCGACCCAGCGGUGGCCUAUGCCAACGAGGUGAAGCGCGUGGUCAGCAGCGCGCGGGAGAAGGGCCGGAAGAUUGCGGCCUUCUUUGCGGAGUCGCUGCCCAGUGUCGGCGGGCAGAUCAUUCCCCCUGCAGGCUACUUCUCCCACGUGGCACAGCACAUCCGCAGGGCUGGAGGGCUCUUCGUGGCAGAUGAGAUCCAGGUUGGUUUUGGCCGAGUUGGCAAGCACUUCUGGGCCUUCCAGCUGCAGGGGGAGGACUUUAUCCCCGACAUUGUCACCAUGGGCAAGUCCAUCGGCAAUGGCCACCCUGUUGCCUGUGUGGCCACCACCCAAGCUGUGUCGAGGGCGUUUGAAAGCACCGGCGUCGAGUAUUUCAAUACGUUUGGGGGCAGCCCUGUGUCCUGUGCAGUGGGGCUGGCUGUCCUAGAUGUUUUGGAGAAAGAACAGCUCCAGGCUCAUGCUUCCUACGUGGGCAGCUUCCUGAUGGAGCUCCUCCAGCAGCAGAAAGAGAAACAUCCCAUCAUCGGGGAUGUCAGGGGCGUUGGGCUCUUCAUUGGGGUGGAUCUGGUGAAAGAUGAGAGCACGAGGACUCCAGCGACAGAAGAAGCUGACUACUUGGUAUCCAGGUUGAAGGAGAACUGCAUCUUGCUGAGCACAGAUGGCCCUGGAAGGAACAUACUCAAGUUUAAGCCUCCAAUGUGCUUUAACAGGGACAAUGCACGGCAUGUGGUGGCAAUGCUGGACGCCAUUCUGACAGACAUGGAAGAGAAACUCAGAAGCUGUGAGACCCUGAGGCUUCAGGCCUGAGCCACCCCGGCUCAGUCACACACCCGCCCCCCAGGUAGGUGGCUACUCACUGAUGCCCCCACCCUCCCUGGCAGCUUGGCCUUGAAAAGAUGCAGUUCAGGCUUUGGAGUCAGAGGGGCCUGGGAUGGAAGCGCCUGGCACAGCUCUACCCUACCCUUCUGCCCAACCCGGCCCUGGGUACCCCAAGACUCAAGACAGCCACGGAGCCAAGCACAGCC